CGCGGAGGACAUCCAGGAGGAGUCCGGGGAAGCUAACGGAGCCGGUGGCCUGAUGAAGACCCAGAAGAAGCUUCACACAACCCGAGCUCUUUGAGGAUUUCUCACCUACACUCCUGGAUCCGCCUCUUUUGUUUGUUCACCCCGGUUCCCCAGUGGAGGCCGCAGAAGCCUCGGGAUAAAUUUAGCGACCCACCGGGGCCGUGUGCGAGAAGGGCGGCUGUGGAUUUGUUUGGAAAGUGUCAAAUUAGUGAUACUUUGGGAUUUUUUCUUGUUUUGAAGUCGCGACGUGUUUUAUUCCUAAGAGUCGAUUUUGUUUACGAGGACGACAGACGUGGAUUUAAUGUGGAGAAGAAGAAAGUUAACUAGUUAGCUAGCUUCAAUGCUAGCUAGCUUCCUAUCAGCGAAACUCUUGCAUGUCGAAUGAAUGAAUGAACGAAUUGGCGACCGCCUGCAUUGAACUAGCCUCUGCUUCUCGUUCUUACUUGAACUUAUCGAGUAUAUCGACGGGAAAACGACACAAACAGGGUGAGCUACAGCCCUCACACCCUCUCAUGGACAGGAAUGCGAUUCCCUGGAGUUGGACAGCGGCGAAUUAGCUCCCGGAGAUAGCGCAGUGCUAAUACCGACCAGAGCCUGGUAAUGCCUCUGAGGCUGGGGCCAGCUCGCUUUAGCUAGCUAGCCACACAGAUUUGCACUACUACUUGGACUCGGCCGCAGCACAGAGAAGCACACGCCCGGUUCGGGAAUGGGGAACACGGUUUCGUGCUGCGUCUCUCCGGAGUCGAGCCCCAAACUCCCGUCGAGGCAGCCGGCGGAGCGUCUGGAGGAGCUGCACACCAGCACCGAGGCGAGCGAGGACAACACGGUGCCCUACCUGCAGCACAUCAGCGACCGAGAGGUGCCCGACGAGUUGGCAUUGGAGUCGAACCCUUCAGACCACGCCAGAGCGAGCACCAUCUUCCUUAGCAAGUCUCAGACAGACGUACGUGACAAGAGGAAAAGCAACCAUAUAAAUCAUAUCAGUCAUAUAUCUCCUGGUCUAUUGUCAAAGAAAUACAGCUCCUGCUCCACAAUUUUCAUUGACGACAGCACCGUCAGCCAGCCAAACCUUAAAAGCACAAUCAAAUGUGUCACAUUAGCAACAUACUACCACAUCAAAAACAGGGACUCACACAGGUCAUUGGAUAUCUUUGAUGAGAAGUUGCACCCCUUAUCAAGAGAACCAGUGCCAGACGACUACGCACAUGUUGACCCUGAACACAAACUGAUCUACCGCUUUGUCCGAACGCUCUUCAGUGCUGCACAGCUCACGGCAGAAUGUGCUAUCGUCACUCUGGUGUACUUAGAGCGGCUGCUGACCUACGCUGAGCUGGAUAUCUGCCCCGCCAACUGGAAGCGAAUCAUCCUGGGAGCCAUCUUGUUGGCCUCCAAAGUCUGGGAUGACCAGGCUGUGUGGAAUGUCGACUACUGCCAGAUCCUUAAAGACAUCACUGUGGAGGACAUGAAUGAGAUGGAGCGUCACUUCCUCGAGCUUCUCCAGUUCAAUAUCAACGUGCCAGCCAGUGUCUAUGCCAAGUACUACUUUGAUCUGCGCUCGCUGGCUGAUGAUAACAACCUCAACUUCCCUCUGGAGCCGCUCAACAACAAGCGUGCCCAGAAACUAGAGGCCAUUUCAAGACUAUGUGAGGACAAGUACAAAGACAUGAGCCGAGCGGUAAUAAAACGAUCCUUCAGCGCUGACAACCUGAUAGUUACACAACGCUCCAACGCUGUGCUGUCAUAGGCCAACAUGGCUGCCUCAUGAGGUUGACGCAGCCACACCAGGCAGUAUUCAGGCUUACCAUGCUACAGUGUGACCUGACUCGGCAGUAUUUUACAUCACAGCUGUAGAGCUGCAUGAUUGUGAAUCCCUAAAACUAUUGUUUUUACAAUUUUUUAUUUAUUUAUUUCUCAACUGGCCCUGAUUUCCAUGAUGACGUGUAUUAGAACUGGACCUGGGGCAGGCGAUCACUGAGGAGUAGUCUUGGGAAUUGUCAUUAAGAUUUAAUCCUUGCAAAAAUAUUUCAACAUAGCCAUAAAGAUUAGAUUGGUGUUAAACAAUAUUUUUUAUGAUUCUCAAAAUCCCAUUCAAAUAAAAAAUUAAAACCAAUGUUGUACAAGUCAGUCUAAACACGCUCUGACUCUUAACUAUCUGUAGCAGUUAAGAGAGUUAGUUUGUUCUGUUAUUGGACAACAAAGACACGCGGUUAUUUUGAGGUCAGUUUAUUCCUGUUUUUUUUGGGGAAUUGUUGACGAGAAAAGAAACCAUUCAACAUCACCAAAAUAAAUAUUUUAAUAGGCACAACAAAUUCACAAUACUAGGGCUGGGCGAUACGGCCCAAAACUAUUAUCUAGAUUAUCUAGAAAACAUUUAGAUAUAAAUAAUUAUCACAAUAAAUGUCACAUUAUUAUUUUGUGUAAAAUGAGACUGAGUGGAGGUUGUGGUUUUAAACUCUUCUUUCUGAGCAAAGAAUUAUAAACACUUGAUAAAUCUGAGGUAGAACAUUAAAAUACAAUUAAGUAGUAUACCUCCCUGCAUAAGCAAUAUAUUCGACUUUGGUUAUAUUUAUAUUCAUGAUAAUUGUAUUGUUAUGAUUAUUGUAGUUAUAUCGCCCAGCCCUAAAAAUGUUCCUCCUUGUAAAUUAGAAUUCAAACCAAAAGAAAUUGAGAGUGUAAAUCAAACGUGUUUACUGUUGAUACCAGUGGUGUUGCAUCCUGUCUGAGUAAAUUAUCUACCUAUUUGGAUUUAGCAUAGAGCAUGUCUCAAAUGAGAAGUAUUAAAGUAUAAAUAUUCUACAGCAGCUGUCUGAAGUCAGCACAGCUUCAGUCGGCUGCCGUGCGUGUGUGUGUCAGGGUGUCAGGUGCCAAUCUGGGAUCAGCUUCACUUUGGAGAUAAACUCUACAUGUGGUCAAACUGGACACACUUUACAGAUUCUGAAUCAGUUCUGCUACAGACUGGCUCUAUGUAGCAUCUUAAAAAUAAUGUAGGGUGGGUCCACACGGUCCAGGCUCAGUAUUGUGCCCCUCAAAUCCUGCCUCCGUCUCAAGGAGGCGCUCUACAGAUCACCAAGCCCUGUGCUUGUCCCAGACCCUGACCAGAGCUUAUGAACAAACUACAUAGAUGAGGGGGGGGAAAGAGACUGAUGGACACCCCCCUCCGUUUUGCUUACUAUGUAGGCCACUAGCUGUGAAAUUUGUCUUGUUUUUAAUUGAAAAGAAAAACAUUUGCAGAUGGAGUAUUUUAAAUAAACACUAAUCAUGUAACAAA